UCCGAUUGAAAUUAAACAAAAAAACGAAAUAAUUUGAUACCGGUGUUAGACAGGCGCUUUGUUUGUACUAUUUAAAAACAUAUAUUUAGAAAGUACCCGCUGUUGUUUGUCGGAUUAUUCCAGAAACUGUCGAGGACAAGACAGCGAAACGAAGUUUUUUUUAAUUAAAAAAAAGAAUUUGAUGGAUUAUGAAGGAUCCCAGGGAGCCGGAUAGUGUUGGCGACUGCUGCGGAGAGCCGGUGCUUUGUGCUGAGCGGGAGCGGCUGGCGCCGUGCGGACAGUGGCGGUUGCCAGGGCAGCGCCGGGCUGGCGUUCGCAUUCCAGAAGCCGAGAGAAGCUUCUGAUCGCGGUGACGUCGCUGCGGUCGCGCGAGUUGACUGAGGCUGGGCUCGGGCCUGAGCUGGGAGCGGGCGAGUGCAGACAAUCCCAGGUGCCUUCCCUCCGAGGAUUUCCAAGGCAGCGCAGCCGCGGAGGGAGGCGAGAACCGGCCCGAGGCCCCAGAUUUUACAGAACCGGGAGCUGGGCAGGCCCGGACUGGGCGGCAGUCGGGGCCAUGGCGUCUUAUGUGGAUAACAGCUUCAGACAGGCAGUCAUGAAGAACCCAGCCGAAAGGACGCAACAGGAUUUGGAAAUUGUUUAUUCUUAUCUUCAUGGAAUGGAAGCAUUGUCCAAUUUGAGGGAACACCAGCUGAGAUUAAUGUGUGAAACUGUCAGAUAUGAAAGACAUGAAGCAAAUGAAGUCCUAUACUACCCUGAUGAUAUUGGCACAUGUUGGUACAUACUCUUGUCCGGUUCUGUAUUCAUCAAAGAAUCCAUGUUUCUUCCCAGAAGCAGUUUUGGCAAGCGAUCAGCAGGGAGCUUGAGACGUGGCUGCGAAUGUAUUGUGCUAGAGCCUUCAGAAAUGAUUGUGGUGGACUACAUGGAUGAAAAUGAGGAAUAUUUUCAGCGACAAGCUUCUCAUAGACAGUCUCGUAGGCGAUUUAAAAAAAUUAACCAGAAAGGGGAGCGGCAAACAAUCAUUGAUACUGUGGAUCCUUAUCCAGUGGGAAAGCCACCAUUACCAAGAGGGUAUCACACGCUUCCUGCAGAUUUCACCAAAUUACAUCUCACAGAUAACCUCCAUCCACAGGUCACACACGUUUCCUCCAGCCAUUCAGGAUGUAGCAUCACCAGUGACUCUGGCAGCAGCAGCUUAUCUGACCUUUACCAGGCCACAGAGAGUGAAGCUGGGGAUAUGGACCUGAGUGGCCUGCCAGAGACUGCAGUAGACUCUGAGGAUGAUGAUGAUGAGGAGGACAUUGAGAGAGCAUCAGAUCCACUGAUGAGCAGGGACAUUGUCAGAGACUGCCUGGAGAAAGAUCCUAUAGAUAGAACAGAUGAUGAUAUUGAACAAUUGUUGGAAUUCAUGCAUCAGCUCCCAGCUUUUGCUAACAUGACAAUGUCAGUCAGAAGAGAACUUUGUGCUGUAAUGGUGUUUGCAGUGGUGGAGCGGGCAGGCACUAUAGUACUCAAUGAUGGUGAAGAGCUUGAUUCUUGGUCAGUCAUUUUAAAUGGUUCUGUAGAAGUCACAUAUCCUGAUGGAAGGCUCGAAAUCCUGUGCAUGGGCAAUAGUUUUGGGGUGUCUCCUACUUUGGAGAAAGAAUACAUGAAGGGAGUGAUGAAAACUAAGGCUGAUGACUGCCAGUUUGUGUGCAUAGCCCAGCAGGACUAUUGUCGAAUCCUAAACCAGGUAGAAAAGAAUAUGCAGAAAGUAGAGGAGGAGGGAGAGAUUGUUAUGGUAAAAGAACACCGAGAGUUGGAUCGCACUGGAACCCGGAAAGGGCAUAUUGUCAUAAAGGGAACAGCUGAGCGGUUAACAAUGCACCUGGUGGAAGAACAUUCAGUGGUGGAUCCCACAUAUAUAGAAGAUUUUCUUUUAACCUACAGGACCUUCUUAUCAAGCCCAAUGGAAGUUGGGAAGAAAUUGCUGGAGUGGUUUAAUGACCCAAGUCUCAGGGACAAGGUUACACGGGUAGUAUUACUGUGGGUAAACAAUCACUUCAAUGAUUUUGAAGGGAAUUCUGCAAUGACCACAUUUCUAGAAGAAUUUGAAAAUAAUUUGGAACGAGAGAAAAUGGGCGGUCACCUUAGACUGUUGAACAUCGCUUGUGCAGCUAAGGCCAAGCGGCGGCUAAUAACUCUAAUGAAGCCAUCACGAGAAGCCCCUUUGCCAUUUAUCCUUUUGGGAGGCACUGAGAAAGGUUUUGGGAUCUUCAUAGACAGCGUAGAACCUUGUAGUAAAGCUACUGAAACUGGGUUGAAACGUGGUGAUCAGAUAAUGGAAGUUAAUGGGCAAAACUUUGAGAAUAUUCAGCUACCUAAAGCUUUGGAAAUUCUUAGGAACAAUACUCAUUUGUCUAUCACUGUGAAAACAAACUUGUUUGUAUUUAAAGAACUUCUGUCUAGACUUGCAGAAGAGAAGAGAAAUGGUGCUCCACACUUACCCAAAAUCGGUGACAAGAAAGGCAGCCGUUACUCCAUCCCUGACCUUGCUGUCGAUGUUGAACAGGUGAUUGGAUUAGAUAAAGCAAGCAAGAAGGCUAAGGCAAAUACAGUGACAGGGCGAAACAAACUGAAGAAAAUACUGGACAAGACUCGAAUCAGCAUCCUUCCACAAAAACCUUACAAUGAUAUUGGUAUUGGUCAGUCCCAGGAUGACAGCAUAGUAGGGUUGAAGCAGUCCAGAUAUAUUGCACCUACAUUGCCUGUAAGUGGCACCUUAUCAUCCAGUAAUCCAGACCUGUUGCAAUCUCAUCAUCGCAUUCUUGAUUUUAACACCACACCAGAGCUACCAGAUCAAGUUUUAAGAGUUUUCAAGGCAGACCAACAAAGCCGCUACAUAAUGAUCAGCAGAGAUACUACUGCAAAAGAGGUGGUAAUUCAAGCACUUCGAGAAUUUGCAGUGACUGCUGCUCCUGAAUCAUACUCACUAUGUGAAGUCUCCGUCACUCCUGAAGGUGUUAUCAAACAAAGGCGACUUCCAGAUCAGCUAUCGAAGCUCGCUGACCGAAUUCAACUUAGCGGCAGGUACUAUCUGAAGAAUAAUAUGGAAACAGAGACACUGUGCUCAGAUGAAGAUGCUCAGGAAUUGCUUCGGGAGAGUCAUAUCACACUGUUACAACUAAGCACGAUUGAAGUUGCCACCCAACUGUCCAUGAGGAACUUUGAACUAUUUCGUAAUAUUGAACCCACAGAGUAUAUCGAUGAUUUGUUCAAACUUAAGUCAAAAACUGAAUGUGCCAAUCUGAAGAAAUUUGAGAAUAUUAUCAAUCAGGAGACAUUUUGGGUUGCAACAGAGAUCCUUAAAGAGUCAAACCAACUGAAAAGAAUGAAGAUAAUUAAACACUUUAUCAAGAUGGCACUGCACUGUCGGGAAUGCAAGAACUUUAACUCUAUGUUUGCAAUUAUCAGUGGUCUGUAUCUUGCACCAGUGGCAAGACUACGGAAUACUUGGGAAAAACUUCCAAGCAAAUAUGAAAAAUUAUUUCAGGACCUUCAGGACCUCUUGGAUCCCUCCAGAAAUAUGGCUAAAUACCGCAAUGUUCUCAACAACGAGAACCUGCAGCCUCCUAUUAUUCCUCUCUUCCCAGUGAUCAAAAAAGAUUUGACAUUCCUGCAUGAAGGGAAUGAUUCCAAAGUGGAAGGCUUGGUGAAUUUUGAAAAGCUACGGAUGAUUGCCAAAGAAAUCCGUCAUGUUGGCCGUAUGGCUUCAGUUAAUAUGGACCCUGCUGUUAUGUUCAGAACAAGGAAGAAGAAGUGGAGAAGUCUGGGGUCGCUUAGCCAGGGCAGUACAAAUGCUGCUGUGCUGGAUGUGGUACAGACAGGAGGACACAAAAAACGGGUACGCCGCAGCUCAUUUCUCAAUGCCAAGAAACUCUAUGAAGAUGCACAGAUGGCUCGGAAAGUAAAACAAUACCUGGCAAACCUUAAUCUGGAUAUGGAUGAAGAAAGCCUGCAGGCACUGUCACUGCAGUGUGAGCCAAGUACUAAUACGUUACCCAAAAGCACAGGCGAAAAGAAAGUAGGAAAACUUUCAGAUACAUCUCCAGUCGCUCCAAGAUCAGGGGUGCAACAUCAGAAGCAGCAACAGCAGAAAGUAAAUCAGGCCCUCCAGGUCCCAGCUGUUUCAUUAUAUCCAUCACGCAAGAAAGUGCAAGUUAAAGACCUCCCUCCAUUUGGUACACAUUCUCCUCAAGCUUUGAAGAAAAUUCUGUCCUUGUCUGAAGAAGCAAACCUGGAUCGGAAUAAAAAGCAGGCAGAAGAUACUAUAUCAAAUACAUCAUCUCAGCUGUCAUCUCCUCCCACAUCUCCUCAGACCUCACCAAGGAAAGGCUUUGCUUUAGCACCAAGUGCCACUGCUGAUAAUUUUUCAGAUUCUGGCCACAGUGAAAUUUCCUCCCGCUCCAGCAUUGUCAGCAAUUCUUCCUUCGACUCAGUAUCUGCCAGCUUCCAUGAUGACCGUCGGCAGCGACAUUCUGUCAGUGUUUUGGACUCAAAUUUAGGCUUGGGUAUAGACAGAAGAUUGGAAAAGCGAUCAGCAGUUGAUCCAGAUCAAUACUGUAUAAGUUCUUACACACCAACAAGCACAGAGGGCAAAGGAAGCCUGUAUGCAGGAGAAGCCGUACUGUCUUCGCCGAGUAUGGAGGAGUUAACCCAGGAUCAGGGAGACCGAACUUCCCUUGAUGCGGCAGACAGUGGUCGAGGAAGUUGGACUUCUUGUUCAAGUGGAUCUCAUGAUAACAUCCAAACUAUUCAGCACCAGAAAAGUUGGGAGACGCUCAGUAGUUUGGGGAAUCUUCAUUAUGAGAGCUCUGCUGAAGGAACAGGACUAACAACUUUGUGGGCUUCAGGUAGCCAGAUGGACCAAACCAUAUUCUCUGAACGUGGCACAAAAUUCACCAGGCAGAGCCAGCCUAGAGAUGGCAUUGAUCAUGCUCAGUCCAGAAAUAGUUGGGCAUCAACAACAGGAUACUGGGCAGAGGAUUCUGAAGGUGACACAGGAACUAUAAAACGGAGAGGUGGAAAGGAUGUAGCAGUUGACUCUGAAGGAAGCAGCACAUCAUUAGCUCCAGAAGAUCCUAAGCAGAAUGCUAGGCCUUCUCACAUAGCAGUAUCUUCAUCCACAGCAAAAGGUCUUAUUGCACGAAAAGAGGGCCGAUAUCGAGAACCGCCACCAACACCUCCAGGGUAUGUUGGAAUUCCCAUUGCAGACUUCCAAGAAGGCCAUCGUCAUCCAGGCAUGAAACCUCCAGAUUAUAAUGUAGCACUACAAAGGUCACAGUUCGUGUCAAGGCCAUGUGAUCCCCAUGGACUUUCAUCUGUUCAAAGUGCAACUGCACAUACAAUCAGUCACUCACAGAUCAGGCCUCUUAGCCGGCCUCAGUGGCACAAACCAAAUGAGUCAGACCCCAGGCUAGCUCACCUACAGUCCCAAGGUUCCCCAUCUGAGGAUGAUGAGGAUGAAGAUGAGCAAGUUUCUGCAGUCUGACCAGAGUUCACUUCCUGCUUUUUUUUUUUGUUUUUGUUGCUUCGUGAUACUGCAAGCUACAUUUUGGACAGCACAACAGACCAUCCAGAUGUAGGAACCAUGGAAAUCUCUUGAAUGAAAUUCCUGAUGCCACUUGCCUCCUUCCCUGCCUUAAAGCAGCAUGGGUCUUUUACCCCCGCAUGUGGAAUACUGUGAAGAAACUGUCCUGGCACUUUGGAACUGUGUUGCUUUAAAUGCACAGAGCUCACUCUACAAACAAUUCCUGUUACUACCCACCAUGAGUGCACAAGAGUUUGGGUUUUGUUAUGUUCACUAUGGAGUUGCUCUUGGUGCUUUCUUUUCAUCAGUCUAGAACUUUUUACAUUCUUUUGCUGGACUUUUUAGCCAUGUUAGCACACAGUCAUUUAAACAAAAAAAUGAAGUUUUUAACAAGAAACAAAUCAUGCUAAUGUUUUUUGUACAGUAUUUCAGCUAAUUUUUGAACAUGUUUUAUUCAUUUUUGGGCACAGAGCUCCAGAUAGAUUUUUAAUUUAUGUUGUCAUUUUUUGAUUAAAUACUGCUUUAGAGAGCAAAAAAUGCUAUUUCUCCACAAUUACAGUAUUAUUUACACUUAUAACUUAUAUUUUUUGUAGGGUUUAUGAGAUAGUAUUUUAAAUAAUUGAACUGUAUGGCAUUGCAGUGGAUGGCACUCUGUAUCCCAGAAUUAUGCUGGCUAGUUCUUCCCUUUGUCAAAAAUUAUAAAGCCCUCCUCUUGAUGAUAGGGUCACCAACGCUACUUUUUUUUUUAAAGAAAAGCCUUAAUUUCCUUUCUAAAUACUUCAGUAUGUGGUUUAGCCUUUGUAAUCUGCAGUAUGUACAAGGAAAUUAAGUUAUUUCGUGCUACUUGGCGUAUCACUGCAUGUCUAUAAUGAAGACUGAAACUUCAAAGCAAACCACCCUCUGCUGCUAUUUAAACCUUCAAGUUACUGAGCUGGCAACAGCAUUUUUGUUGUCAUUCUACAGGCACCCAGUGGUGAAGGCUGCCAAUCUGAGUAGCACUCAAAUGUGAGAAAUGGCUACUCUUGGUUUUUGUUUUUCGUAUUUUUGUUUUCCACUGAGCUCAGCUGAUCAUAUUGAUCAGUAGGUAAACUUAGUUUCAAUUGAAGACUGCAGUGUUUUCACUGUAUUUAAAGCAUCAGUGCUUUAUUUAACUGUCAUAAAAUAAUCAUAGUCAGGCCCUAUAUGUUUGCAGAUACUUCAUAUGUCAGUUAUGCAUUAGUAAUGUAACUGUAUUAUGCAUAAUUUGCCAGUUUCAAUAUACAGUCAAUGGACAUUGUGUGCGUAUAGGCAGACAAAAAUAAAUCAUAGUUAUAUUGAAGAGUUGCACAAAUAAUAUAAACCUAACUGUAAUUGUAGAACAUAGAACUGCUAAUCUCAUUUCAACAAAUCUGUGAUGUUAAGUGCAAAAUGUAUGAUUAACUGGUGAUUUCCUCAUACUUUUGAUACUACUUGUACCUGUAUGUCUUUUAGAAAGACAAUUGGUGGAGUCUGUAUCCCUUUUGUAUUUUUAAUACAAUAAUUGUACAUAAUGGUUAUAUUUUUGUUGAGAAAUGGUAGAAAUGUACUACGUUUAUGCCUCUACAUCCAGUUUAUACAGAGCUGGGAAUAAAUAUAAUUGAGAAA